UGGUGUGGGAGCUGGUUGUCCAUCCCCCGCCCCCAAGCUAUGGCCCGCCCGGGCGGGGACCGGGACCCAGCGCCUGCAGUCCGUGGGGCGGUCCGGCUGUGCGGGACAGGGACGCAGACUCGUGCGGAGGGUGGCGGCGCCUUGCCGUGGGUCUGCGGGUCCUGCUCCCCCGUCACUUCUCAGAGCCUGAGCUCGUUGGAUUUGGAAAUGCAGUGGCAGUGGAUGGAGAGAGUGUUUCUUUGGAAAAGUAUUCUCACCUUUAGAGUAUCCUUGCUUGUUUGCACAGCAGGAAAUUUGUGCGCACAGGCCACUUGUCCUGAUAUCACUGUGACUCAACAGCUUCUGAAAGAGGGAUUUCACAGAGACUUGCUAACAAAGGUAGAACUUGGUGCAGGGGAUGAAGCCAUAGGAAGCUGCACUGUGGCAAUUAAAGAACACCUACCAACAGGACUAUAUGUGGAUCCCUAUGAGUUGGCAUCAUUGCAACAGCACAACCUAACUGAGGCUCUGAUGAUUCCAGAUACCGUUGAUGUGGAAUCUCCUGAAUACUUAGCCACAGACCUUGCCAUUGUUGUUUACAUGAAACCUGACCCUCAGUGUGCUUGCUGUUUUAAAGCCAUGUUGCCUGUGCACUGCCGGUAUCACCGGCCAACAGAGGAAGAUGGGGAAGCAUUUGCUCUUUUGAAGAGUCCAGAAAUAUUGAUUCAUUGCCAUAAAAGUUUCCUGUCAGUUGAAUGUUGGAAGUAUUCUGAAGUGGAAGCUCCAUGUUCAGUGAGAAACAGGCAUACCUGUCAUUGGAACAAAGUGAAGUACAAACAUGUAAAUAAGGAAGUGAUACUGCAGGUUCCAGUGGGGCUCAAACAACAUGGUGCCUUGGUAUGUGCAGUGACUCUUCUUACCACGGUCCUGUGCUCCAGUCUGGUUCUUGCAGCUGUAUGCAAAUAUGGACACUUCUCCUUGGUGCACUGCUCAGAAUGAAACUGAGCAAGACUUUAUAGCUGGCGUCCGUACGAAACAAUGAGUACCAUGCAUUAAAUUUAACUGAAUGCAAACUUAGUCUGUUCCAUUUAGGGUUCCAUAAAUGGAAUGCAGUUUAUUAUCUAUCACCUGUAUUACGAUAAUGCCUAGAGGACCCAUCUGAGAUCAUGACCCUCUUGUGCCAGGCACUGUACAAACCCCUAGUAAGAGACCAUCCCUGCACUGAAGAACUUGCAUUCUAAAUAGACAAAGCAUGGGAGGGAGAACAAAGACACAGAAAAAUGAGGUGAUUUCCCAAGGUCAUGCACCAGUUCCGUGGCAGAGCUGGGUCUCCUGAUCUAGUGUGCCCUAUGUGCUGGACCACAAUGCCUCUUGUUACGUAUUCUUCUUCCAAAGAUUUUAAACAAACUGACUUGGUAGAUUGAUUAUUAUCAGAGAAACAAGUUCCCUGGUCAUUAAACGUUUGAAUUUUAAACUGUUACAUAAUUCAGCUCUGUUGUAUUUUAAUUUGUUUUGUGAGGCUGUAUAUUUACCUGCAACAGGAAAGUAUUUCCAGGCAUUGGAAAGACACAAUGACCCCAGUUUUAUUAACAUUGACCUGCAGGAGGCAGCCAGAUUUAUGUGAUUUUUAAAGAGGUCUUAAGAAUUUGGAAGAAACUUCCAGGUGUUUACUGAGUAAAUCAGAAGCUGGACUAAUAACUCUUUUUUUCUGAUUAGUAGAACCUCAUUCAAACAGGAAUUAUUUUGAGGAAGUUCUAUGGUCUGUGUUAUGCAGGAGGACAGAUUACAUGACCACAGUGGUCCCUUCUGGUUUUGGAAUCUAUGAAUCUAUGAAAUGAUGCUAAACUGGAAUUGAAUACUUGGAAGACUGGAGGUAAUCAUCGGAGCUAUUAAGAAUUACAAGGAAACAGAGAGGAAAUUGCUUCAUUAAUGGAAAAGCUGAGCUGCCCCAAAUGUAUCUUGUGUUUCUGUUGUUUGUCAGUAGGGGGCAUUAUGAGUUUAAGAUAACUCAUAAGGCAGAUUUGUGCAGAAGACUGUUUCAUUUCCCAUAUACCUAGAGGAUAUUAAAUAUAAGUGAUUCUGUUUAUGAAAUUACAGAUACAAUAAAAAGCAAAAGUCCUGUCUUUCAAAUUCUAUUCCUAUACCCUUCUUGUGUGGCCGGUAGUUGCGCAGCCUAGUCCUUCCUCUGUCAGCAGAAUUGGCCUUUCCUCUUCCUCCACAGCUGUAGCUUCUGGAAUUCCUAGGCAUUGUUCAUCUCCUUCUGAAACUCAAUAAAGAGCUUGUCUUGUGACUUCGGCCGCAGGUUGGAAAGUGA